UUGGAAAUUGGGCCUUGAGGUGGCGUGCGACCGAGUCGGUGCCAGCUUGGUCUUCAGGUCUACGUCCCGGUCACAGCGGACUCGCUCUGCACGCCUUUGGUUUGUUCUCUGCAGCGUGAGUGGCCUUCCUUCCAGUGACUUGCGGGAGCGUCCCUCCAGAAGGACCGGGGACCGGGGUGCAGGGAGCACGCCGCUCCGAGGGGGCUGCGCCGACGGAGCCUGGAUGAGCCGCCGCGGUUCCGAUGAGUUCGGCUGAGGGCGCGAGUUUCCUGGGCACCCGGGGUUCCGCACCUGUGGUAGGCGGUUACUGCAUCGCCAAGACGCCCCCUGUAAUUCGGAAGGAGAUAACCCACCGUUUUCCAGCGUUUCCCUUGGAGGAGAACUAAGCAAUAGGCAAAAUGUCUGUUUUCCCUAAAAUAUCUUUGAGACUUGAGGUUGAAAACUAUCUUAAAGCGGGUUUUAUGAAUAAGGAGAUUGUAUCUGCUUUAGGUAAAGAAGCAGCAGAAAGGAAGUUUGAAACUCUUUUAAAUCACUUGUCACACCCUCCAUCAUUCACAACUGUCAGAGUAAAUACACAUCUAGCCUCGGUACAACAUGUGAAAAAUCUGUUACUUGAUGAACUUCAGAAGCAGUUUAAUGGAUUGAGUGUCCCUGUUCUUCAGCAUCCAGACCUUCAGGAUGUCUUACUUAUUCCUGUUAUUGGGCCUAGGAAGAAUAUAAGAAAACAACAGUGUGAAGCCAUCGUUGGAGCCCAAUGUGGCAAUGCAGUGUUGAGAGGAGCCCAUGUCUAUGUUCCGGGAAUUGUGUCAGCUUCAAAAUUUAUGAAAGCUGGAGAUGUUAUUUCUGUAUACUCUGAUAUUAAAGGCAAAUGUAAAAGAGGAGCCAAGGAAUUUGAUGGAACAAAAGUAUUUCUUGGAAAUGGAAUUUCUGAAUUAAGCCGCAAAGAAAUCUUCAGCGGGCUACAUGAACUGAAAGGUGUAGGCAUAAGAAUGACAGAACCAGUAUAUCUCAGCCCUUCAUUUGACAAGGUCCUGCCCAGCUACAUAUUUUUACAGAAUUUACCUUCUGCUCUAGCAACUCAUGUUCUGGAUCCUCAGCCUGGAGAGAAGAUUCUAGAUUUGUGUGCAGCACCUGGAGGCAAAACAACACACAUUGCAGCACUAAUGCAUGAUCAGGGAGAAGUAAUAGCACUGGAUAAAAUAUCCAACAAAGUAGAAAAAAUAAAGCAGAAUGCUUUAUUGUUAGGGUUGAAUUCUAUUAGGGCAUUUUGCUUUGAUGGAACGAAGGCACUUAAACUCAAUAUGGUUAAGAACACAGAAGGAGAACCUCCAUUCUUACCAGAAUCUUUUGACCGAAUUCUCCUUGACGCACCCUGCAGUGGAAUGGGACAGAGACCAAACAUGGCUUGUUCUUGGACUUUAAAGGAAGUGACAUCAUACCAACCUUUACAGCGAAAACUCUUUACUGUGGCCGUGAAGCUGCUGAAGCCGGGGGGCGUGCUGGUUUAUAGUACGUGCACCAUCACACUGGCGGAGAACGAAGAGCAGGUUGCCUGGGCCCUCGCGACAUUUCCUGACCUUCAGCUUCAGCCACAGGAGCCACGGAUUGGAGGAGAAGGGAUGAUGGGCGCUGGCCUGUCAUUGGAACAACUGAAACAGCUGCAGCGAUUUGACCCCUCUGCUGUGCCCUUACAGGACACCGACAUGGAUUCUCUCAGAGAUGCCAGAAUAGAAGACAUGGUUCGGCUGGCAAAUAACGAUUGUAUAGGUUUUUUUAUUGCAAAAUUUGUAAAAUGCAAAAGCACCUAACAGAAAGAUCCUUAGAAAGGAAAUUCUGAACAUUUGCUGUGUGGUGUUUUUUUUUUAAACCAAACUGUUGUCAGGCCAAGUGACUGAUGGCAUUGUUGCUAAGGAAACAGAAAAGGCUGCCAGCUGUUUCACCAGGAUCGAGAGACUUGAUCAAGAGGCUCCACUCCAUCAUGGAAGUAGUCAGGGUGGUAUGAGAUUAUAUUUUGUUUUUUUUAAGUAAUUACUUUUUCUUUAUGGAUUUAGCAGAGUAUAAAGAAAAGGAGAUGCUUGUAGAUGUUUGGAACAUAUUUUCACUUGGGGCUUUUGUGUUUUAAUUUGUAAAGAAUGCAAGUCAUUUUUAAUGUUAAAAUCAGUGAAUCAGGGGGCUGGCACAGUGGCAGAGUGGUUGGCUUCGUGGGUUUGGAUCCUGGGCAUGGACCUAUACACCACUCGUCAAGCCAUGCUGUGGCAGCGUCCUACAUAAAAAUGAAGGAAGAUUGGCACAGAUGUUAGCUCAUUGACAAUCUUCCUUGCCAAAACAUAAGUAAAUUGGUGAAUCUAACACAAAGAAUAAAAUUAGCAGUAUUUAAUUUGGUUAUAAAAAACAUUUUCUGCUCCUGAGUUCCUAAGUAGUAGUUCCUUAAGGAUUCAGGGCAUGGGAAGUAUCACAUUUACCACAUGCCAGUAACUGAGCUGAGUGUUUACUUGACUUUUUCUGCUUACUAUUUGGUAAAUCACCCUCUUUGAAAUAAGUCUGGACCUCUUUUAAAUGAGAGUCUGCCUUCAUAAUGUUUAUUUUUUUUUCAUGAUUUUAAACUAAAAGCUAAAAUGAGUAUUUUCUUCACUUGGUAGAUUAAAAAUAUGAGUGUAUUCCACAAUUUCGGUACCCUUUGUCGUCUAUUGGAAUAUGUAUUAUACAAGUUAUUAGAGAUGUGACUGGUGAGCAAGAGAAAACCAGCUUCUGACAGCUGGGAACUGGCCGGGCACUCACAGCUCGGCCUUGGUGUUCUCCUGUUGGACACAAACAACUUCAUAGAACACCAACAUCAGACAAAGCAACUGUCGUGAUGAUGGGUCAAGACAAAAGAAAUCCACUUCUUCGUAAUCAAAUCUGAAAUCAGACAAAAACGAGAACAUCACCCAAACCGCAAAGGAGCAAAAACAGGGAGCCAGCAGAUGAAUGCUUUCGUAGUCACCUUUGGCAGCAAGUUUCUUCACACACCCUGACUGCUCAAUGAAUCAUUAAAGCAACAUGUAGCACGAUUCAGUACAAAGCCAG